UCGUUUUCUUCAUUUUAGCUAUGAACGAAAUCCGAAUGCAAAAUUCUCUCCUCAGAUUCCUACUUUCCUUGUCUUUUUCCCAACUCAACGACAACCUAAACUCUUUGUUCCUCAGAGUAAUAUACUCCUUGUUUCCAUGGCGUUUUUAUAAGCUUGUCAUUAGUUUACAACAUCUUCUUCUGUUAUAUCUAUUUACUUCACACUACUUUUCUCUUAUUAGCUGUUAAUGAAUUGAAAGAUUUUUUUUUUUCCUUCCUUCCUUGCUUGUCAUUAUCACAGUCACGGUAUAUACAUCAGACACCACAAGUAUUUAAACCAACAACAAACCCACUUACCUAAAAUAUUCGGAUAAGAUCUUCCCAAAAAACUAUUCCAUUUUGCUUUUUUGCCUUUGUCUCUACGUGAGUUUUGUGCUAAUACACUCAUUAGUAUGUGUCAUCAUGCAAAAUAUAUAGUACAUAAUCAUAUCUCAUAAAACGAUUACUCCCAUUUUUUCCUCUGUCGUUCUUGAGCCAGAAAUCUGGGAUUUUUUUUCUUGGUUGAUUUUCACAUUUCUGAGCUAGAAAAACGGUUUUUUGUUUUGUUUUGUUUUGUUUUGUUUUUUUUUUUUGUCCUUCGUCUUAGUAAUUGAUCAAGUAGUUUGAGGAAAACGGAUAGUAGUUUUGUUGUCAAUGGAGACCAAAUUGUUUAAUCAGAAAGCCGUGGUUUUCUCUGAGAUAGUUCCUCAAAUGGAAAGACUCUACGAGAAUCAGCUUGGUCUUAAUUUCUCUCAACGAUUCUGUUCUUGCAAAGGGAUUUCUCCGAAGGCCUCGUAUUCGAGCAUUUCGAACAAUAGUUAUCAGUCGAAAGAAGCGAGUAAAUUUGCAUCAGAAAGUUAUUUCCGCCGGAUUAACGGAACAAACGGCGGGAUCUCGAAUCUGUGGUCCAGAGAAAUCAUGGUGCUUGAUGCCAUUGAUGAUGAGUAUGGUGGGGUUGUUGUUGAUCCUGAGAAAUUGCCAUCUAAUCCGAAUUCGUUUGCGUUUAUUCUCCGUUCCUCUCUUUCUCAUUGGAAAAUGGAGGGAAAGCAAGGAGUUUGGCUAAAGUUGCCAGUAGAAAGAGCUGAUCUUGUUCCAAUUGCUGUAAAGGAGGGCUUUGAAUAUCACCAUGCUGAAAGAGGGUAUGUGAUGAUGACAUACUGGAUUCCUGAAGGUCCUUCCAUGCUUCCUGGUAAUGCUUCACACCAAGUUGGGGUCGGCGGAUUCGUCAUCAAUGAAAAAAAUGAGGUUCUUGUAGUACAAGAGAAACAUUGUGGUCCUGCAUUCAUUGAUCUUUGGAAAAUACCAACUGGAUUUAUUCUUGAGUCAGAGGAGAUCUUCACAGGAGUUGUGAGAGAAGUCAAGGAGGAAACUGGGAUUGAUACAGAAUUUAUAGAAGUCAUAGCAUUCAGGCAUGUUCACAAUGUGGCUUUUGAAAAAUCAGAUUUAUUCUUCAUUUGCAUGCUAAGACCACUUUCAACUCAGAUAAAAGUUGAUGAUCUUGAAAUUCAAGCAGCUAAGUGGAUGCCCUUAGUUGAGUUUGUGGAGCAACCCCUUAUACAAGAAGACUGCAUGUUCAAGAAAGUAAUCGACAUAUGCAUUGCCCGGCUAGGGAAGCGUUAUUGUGGCUUAUUUUCUCAUCAAUUGGUCUCAAAAUUUGAUGGCAAGCCUUCUACCUUGUACUACAAUGUUAUGGAGACACACAAUUCCAACUGUAUAGGCGAAUAAAGCUCUUUGCGAUUUCUCAAAAACCGAACAAAACGAUCUCUUGGCGAUCUUUAGCCUUCAUGCCAGAUGGAUUCCUUUUGCUCUUCCCUGUGUUCUUUGGUUGAGACCAAGUGCUGAUACAUUCUUCUUCAACACCAGCAGUAUUAUUCGUACCUUCUUAACAAAUACUUAACAUGUAAUUACAGUUAUUUCUCUGUUGUAUAUAGUCUUCUCCACCUUUUUAUGGCACAGAUGCGCUAUUUUUCUUUUGUACAUGUCUCUUCUCGUAUGUGUUUCUAAAUAGGAUCUUGUUGAACUUCCUUUAGAAUCACAAACUUGUGCUAUUUGACGUG